AUGGCGGCCUACGAACCAUACUCACAUUCACCGCGGCCAGCGGGGAGGGUCUCACCACGAACGUACGCCGGCAAUCCCAUCACGCCUGUACAUUCUCCUCACCACUCCAUCGCCUCCUCCGCUGCAUCGCGUACCUCUGUCCAUACUCUUUCCAUCCACGAGUACCGCAAACAGCAACACACUCCCGUCCGACCAGACUCGGCAACACCCAGCAAGAGACUUCGCCGCAAGCCAGCAGCCGCAGCUUUGAGCGAGCUGGAGCGCGCGCCACCUGUUGCAAACGCAACAAGAUCAGGGUCUACUUCACCACGCUUUCUGCCCUUGGCGCAAUCAACCUCUCAACUCCACACCUGCCUCGACGCCAACCAGGCUCCAAACUCGCACAACGCAUUGCCCGGCUCUUGUCGCGGGCAAUCUGUUGAUUCGCACGUUCAAGGCAGCAGUGUGUUGAGCGAUUCGACUGUCAACUCCCUCACCAAGGUGCGUUUCUUCAAGACGAGAAAAAGGCUCCCGAAGCCCUCUACUGCCAUAGGUUUUGUCUCCGACUGCCCUCUCCUAGGACAUGGACCAGAAAAUCGACGGCGACAAUCGCAAUUGCCUGGCCCUUUGAGCUUCUCAUCGGACAAAACCUGUUUGAGCGACGCACAAACAACCCCAACGCCCUCGACAUUUUCGCUCUCCCGAUUCCCGCAACCGCCCCGCCACCUUGACCCUUCAUUCUCACCGCCGCCCGAAGAAAGUGAGCCUUCACGCAUGAAAGCGAUCAGCUACUCUUCGACGGCUCCAGUGACACCACCCGCUACGCCUGCCAUCAUCCACUACCGUGGCGCGUCGUUUGACCUUGUCAAUCCGCACGAUUCACUCCUGCUACAUGACAUUGUCACUCCGUCUCAAGAAUUCGAUUCCAGCGACUAUCUAGCUUUGCGAACAUCAGAAGAGAUCUUCGCCGAGUCUGUCGAGAUGGCACGUAAGCGACCGCUAUACGGUGAUGUCGACGCCGCACGCGCAGGCAUUCUACAACGCCUUGAAGAUGCGGCAAAGGAUUCGUUUCACCGACUACCGUCUGCGCCUACCCCUACUGCAGUUAGCCCAAGCUCUUCUUCUUACACUUCACCCAUGUAUAGCCCCGAGUCUGUCAACGCUCCACCACCAUUAGCUACCAGGAGGCCAGCGACCGAGUCUCGAUUCUCACUCAAGCAGUUGACUCGUAGCCUCAGCAGGAAAGUGGGAAGAGACUCGGCCCUAGAUGAAGGUCAAGAGCUACAGGUCAUGAGAAGCGAACCCACAACAGUCUCCAGACCCUCAGAAUACGACUAUGUCUCCACACCACAAGCGUCGUACUUUCCAGGCCAUUACUCUCCGUUGCGACCCAAUAUUUCUUCACGGGAACGCCAUACCUAUGAUGAUACUGUCUAUAGUUCGAUGUCGCCUAUAGAUCAUGAAGUAGAGUAUCCCCGUAGACACACGCACAACCUGUACGAUGAAGAGGGAUUGACUUCAAUGAUACCGGAUGAUCCCUCCACGCAAGUUGGACGUAUUGAUGGCUCAAAAAUAUCCCAGCCAGAAGAUGCUACAACCUCAAAGGCAUACUACGACGACCUGGACUCAAUCUACCCGAGUUCUUCUAUAUACACUGGAGAGGGUCAGCGUCUUUCAAACUAUCAGCAGAGUUUGACCAGCAAUCGUCUCAGUAAACCAUUUCUCCGAUACAGCAGCGUAGGAGCUAGUGAUUUCACGAGCGAUCAAAACAGACAGAGCUUUGCUGGCUACAGCGACGUACAUAGGCUGAGCUAUCAAGCGUCUAGACCUGCCACGCAAGACUUCCAUCAUCAAUCCGUCGAUCAGGGCAAUGCGAAUACAGACACGAUCAGCAAGAUUAUCGAUGAAUACAGUCCAGAAGAAGUCGCGAGUAACCCAUCGCUCGGCAGGCUUGAUGAAGCUGCAGUCGAAUCUCCAAACCGGACGUCAUUGGCGAGCGGAUUCUUCGACAUCCAUCUACGCUCAUCGGAAGAGGACGACAAUGGUCCCGGUCUCACGAAAAUGGGUUCAGUCCCGAGCAGACGUCCGACAAUCACAGUCGACCCUAGCCGGCCCCCACAAGACACCCUGCCCCUUGAGCCGGCAUUCGAAUACGACGAUAUUCCCUUUCUUACCCCUCCACGUAUGGGCGCCCCUGUCAUACUGUCGAAUGAUUCCUCGUUGUACUCGUAUGGUGAUACGCAGAAUCUGCUGCAGAUGGGUCAGAGUGAGGUUGCGGUGCCAAAGGCUCAGCGCCAGGCUCUUGGGUCGUCGUCGUCUUAUUCCCAGGUUGAGGUUGGGCGGCUUGAGCCGUCUUCAUCUUAUUCUCAGGAUGAGGUCAAGGUGAUUGAACCGUCUUCGUCAUACUCUCAGACUAAAGUCAAACUGCUUGAGCCGUCGUCUUCGUACUCCCAAAAGACAGCGCAGAGUCCAGGAACACCCCAAAAGGCACUUGAUGAAGCCGAGAGAAUCUUUCAGGAAGCGUUUAAGGAGCGCAAACGUGAAGAGGAAAAGCUUCCAGCCAUGUGGGCCUUGCGCGGUUUGGGCAGCCAGGUUGUGAGCAAGAAUAUGCAUGACCGGUCUUCUGGGGCGUCCUAUGAUGCUGUUAACACCAGCUCGGCGAGGAACAGCAAAGAUGUAGCAAUGGACAAGGCCGAUUGGGAGACCGUCGCUGGCAACAGUCUACGCGGGCGUGAUUCUAUGGACAGCCUUGCAGACUAUAGCAGCAGCGAGAGCAGUCGGAAUGUCGGACAAGAUGCAGAUGACUUGCUACCGUCUUGGGAUACCGCUCACCACCCAGGUUCCUCGAAAAACAGCCAUCCCAGCGAGGUACGAGACUGUCCGUACGACUUUGGUUCUUCACCGCCAAAUAUGAAUGGCCCUACCAGUUCUCGGACUGUACCCAUGCUGUCGUCAUCCCCUGCAGAAUCCAGUCCCAUUGGUACAAGGAAUACGCCUAUGUUUCCCUUCCAUAGUUUGCCUGAGCAUGUACUUGGCCGUGGGGCAGUUGCAUAUCCACUAUCGCCGGAUCCAUAUGCUUUGAGCGACAAGGAGACGCGAGAGUUGCUGGCUUCGGGCCCUAACGAUGAUAUCCUCGUGGAUUCUGACGCUGAUAGCCCGGAACGAUCUUUGCACAUUGACGGACAUUAUGCGGACCAUGAGAACCAUGACAUGCCAGCGACACCAACCUCUGUUCGAGACGAAUCCGGAAGCACGUUUGGCCUGGAGCGUGUCAACACUUUCGAGAAACGUACAGUUGUAGGGCCCUUGGGCAACCUCACCGGAACUCCACAUGGCUCCGGUAUGCAGCACACUGGUAGUAGUAUUGCGGACAAUAGUAGCCCCGGUAUGAAUCUAAGCUCAGCGGUAGCUCGUAAUAGCAUGCGUCGAGAUCGCAAGUCUUAUGCCGGGUUCUAUGCCUCUUCAUUCCCAGCUCUGAGCAGCGUCACUCGUAUUAGCCCGCCUCAGCCUCAGCAGCCCAACCAACGUAUGCCUACGAGGCUCAGUUUGACUCCUAGGCCAGAUUCCAUGGUAUCAGUCCAAGACUCUCCGCCACCUCCUUUUGCGAGCAGUCGUGGACACCUUCGUAAAUCAACCAAAUUCUACACCUCACGGCGCCAUAGUCGUCCCGCUGUUCCCGGUCAGACAAAGUUGCGUCAGAUGCUUCUUGCAAGUGAUGAUGACGGCACCGUGUCCAGCCAGGGUAAAAACUUUUCUCGCCUGCUGCAUGGAAGUCGUCCAUCAACUGGCGACACCAUCACCCCUCUGUUCCCGAGUCACCUGAAUAUGGAAGCACUUGGCUCUCGCAAUAUGAUUGCCCACCAGCAUUCACCCCAUCUUCUUUGCCCGGAGCGUGGGCUCCUUGCAGAGGAUGAGGCUCGUCGUCGCACCUUGUCUUGGCUCAUCCUUGCGCUGUUCUGUCUGCUCCCACCCUGCAUUAUCUUGUUCCGUUGGUUCGGUGAUACUGUUAUCAUCUCGAUUACCAAGGGCCGCCUGGGCCAUACGAGUGCUCAGUCUAAGCGCGUUGCGCUGAUUGCUGGGAUUGCCGUUAAUAUCGGACUGGUUACUGCGAUUCUAGUGCCCAUUCUGGUCUGGUAUGGCGUGGAGGUUGCUUGA